AUGCAGAUACUUCGGAGCACACCUAUGACAUACAGCCGUGCUAGCGAGUUGUUCAAGAAAGAAUUAGUGAAGGAAGAUCUUGAUGCUAAAGAUUACGGACUUCACAGUUUACGAUCUGAUGGUGCUACAACUGCAGCUGCUCUGGGUAUUCCAGACCGCCUGCAACAGAGGCAAGGAGGGUGGCGUACCGCGAAGGCAAAGACCAAUUACAUUGUUGAGUCAAAAAACUCGUUACUUCAUAUUACAAAAACAAUGCAGAAGGCAUAAACUGUAUAAAUUAACUGUAUGCGUUGUGUGGUUGCGGCUGACGCUGCAUCAGCUCCCACCAUGUGUGAGAAGUGUUAUUUUUCGCUGGCUGAGACUCGAAAGAAGCGGAAAAUGUUUUCUCACUGCUGGGGGCCUGAUGAAAUCAGGGUGUUACAGGGUGGUGCGUGUUAUAUGGCAGUAGGCCGUUUCUUGGUACCAUAUUUGCGAUUAGGCACGAAUCUUUUUGCGUUUCCGGGAUACCGACGAUCGUGUAUAUUCAGCGCGUCAUGUUCCGCGACCACACGAAUUUCAUUUCGGUUUGCUUCUGUCUGAUCAUUCGUUGAAGGAAAGAGCGUUCGUAUUGUUGCUUCCACGUCGUCUGUAGUUUCUUGCAUCUCCCCACUAUUUUGACUCAAUCGAGAAAUUGGUUUGACAAGAUUUGAUAAACUUUGCAUAUUUCUGUUGCCCGCCAUAUUUGCAUAAGCGUGGUUUACAGAAAAAUUACUCCGGAUAAAUUAGUCGCGCUCUUUCUCAGCCAAAAAUGUCGUUUUAUUUUAGUAAAUAUCGUUUUAGAUAUUUAAGGAAUUUCGUUUUAUCUGAUUUAACGAAUUUCGUUUCAUAUAUUUAGGAAAAUGCUUUUCAUAUAUUUUGGAAUAUUUCGUUUUGUAUAUAUAUACUAUAAUGUCGUUUUAUAUAUGAGUGUUUCGAUUUAUAUAUGAGUGUUUCACUGAUUUUAUAUAUUUCUGUUUCGUUGUAUAUAUUUCUGUUUCGUUUUAUAUAUGGCAAUUUCGGCUUACAACAGGGAUUACUCUAAGGUGCAGUGAUAACCAAUUUGUGCAGUGAUAAAUGAGAUUUGUGCAGUGAUAAAUUAGAUUGUGUGCAGUGAUAAAAUGCGAUAAUGCCGAUAUUGUUCAGUGCCAGAAAUUGACGACAACAUGGCCAUAUGCUUGUAUAUACUAAUUUGCAUGUAAUCCACAUGCAAUAGCUUUCAGUUUUUACUGGGAAUAUACAGGGUGAAAAUAUUUAACUCAAAAUUAUUGCAAUCUGGGGGCUCAUCUAUAUAUAUAUAUAUAUAUAUAUAUAUAUAUAUAUAUAUAUAUAUAUAUAUAUAUAUACUGUUUGCCUACCUCUUGAUCAAUAAAGCAUUCAUAUACUAAUGUUUCGAGUGCAUAUUUAUUCCGAUCGGGUAUCUCUCCUAGCGGCCAAGUCGUGUUCAAGAAAAUCAUUUUUAUGUCACCUUCGUAUGGUUAUAAACUGCUGCCGAGCGAUUUUGUUUUGAGAUUUUUGACGCUGUUUAAAUGGACAGGUGUAGAGUAAUUUAUAUCACGAGUGUAAAAAACCAUUUCUUGAGCAAUAUCGCUUGGUGUUUUGCAUGCGAUUCAAAAAAUAUGUGUAAAUGUGUAUAUUUUUGCAUGAAAUGAAAUAUGCAGCAUGCAGAUUUGGGCUCAUUAGCGGUGAUUUUAGCUCAUUUGCCUGUAUAUAAUUAGUGACAUGCAUGGGGCAAACUUUAAGUUGCAGAAGCAGAGUACUGUAUACAUGCACUUAUGCAUGCAGGGCAGUCAGAACGUUUUCUAAAAUGUCGCUAAAUUUAUAUAAAUUUGAUCAUUUUUCGCGCUUUUGUGCAGUGAUAAAAUUUCCUUAGAAUAAUCCCUGGCUUACAAAAAUAGAUUUGAAAUUAUAUAUUUGAAAUAUAAUACAUUAUAUAAAUGGACGUAAAGUAAUAUAACUAAUAUUGUCCAUCUUGGCACACCAUAUAAACACGCCGGAUAGUUCUAUUCAAUUUCAGGUCCAGCAAGGCCAUCUCUUCUUCAGUGUCCAGUAUUAAUACGAUACUGAAACGAAAUCAUGGUCAGAAAACUGUUUAUUACAUAAUGAAUAAAACCACAUUCGCUACUGAACCAUUGUAUCGCUUCCUUUGUGUUUAUCAAAUAGUUCAUUCCACAUACAGGCACAGUGUAUAAUAGCCGCCAACAAUUUGUUUCAGUGCUGUUCGACGGGGUGAAUCCUUCAAAUCAACAUUUUUCCAAGAGACAAAGUUAGAUGAUUUGGGUAUGAAGGAAAGCGACAGUCUUCAACGCAAUGUGUUUCAUUACGCUGUAUCGAAGCCGGAUACUUUGAAAACGUUACUGGAGAUGGUUGGAACAGUACGUUUAAUUCAAUAAUAUUGUUAGAACGACGCUAUAUACGGGCAGCUCGCGAAUGCAAAUCCUUGCCGAAUCAAUGAAAUAUAAACAUCAUUUGCAUUGCGAAAAAUUACAUCGCAUUUUUAUUGGAUUAAAAAGAUUUAUUUAUCAUAUAGAUAUUGAGUUUUACGAAUGGUUUAGUCAAUAAUGCUAAAACUCAUUUCGCAAUGCACGUUAUUACGGUGGCCGAUAAGGGUCAUUCACAGGCACAAAAAGUGAAAUCACCCAACAAUAACACGAAACACGCCAACAAAUGCGCGAUUCGCGCCACAAGUUUACGAUUCACUCCACAAUUUCACGCCACAAAGAAACCGCUGACCGAUCACGGUCUCAUAUCAUUAAAUUCACUUCCCGCCUUUUCCCGCGACCGCAUGACAAUAAAAAUGGUCGUGGAUUCAUAUAUACUAGAAAUACAUGCAUGCAGUAACCCCUCGCCAAUAUUUUCCAAACAUUAAAUUAACAUGAAGUAUUCAGAAAUGACCAACACUGAACGCAGGCUCGCGCUCAAGUGUUGCCAUGACAACACCACAGAGUAGAGACAUACAGAGACGUAACUGAUCGUCGUAAACACUGCGGAAGAUUACGUUAUCAUGUACCCACUUUUUUUCAGGGCGACCGGGCGAAAAUGAUCAACUGCGCAUGCUCGGCAAGUUUAAAGUGAGUCGUCAUCAGGUCGUCAUCCAAUCAGAUGCAUGCAUCUAGUAACUUGCCGAGCAUGCGCACAAAAAUAGUGGGUACACUAGUUACGUCUCUGUAUGUCUCUACUCUGUGACAACACGAUUUCUUAAAUUUUUAAUUUUUUCAUAUUUUUUGUACAAAACUGCAAAAUAGUUGAAAGAUUCGUACUCUUAACUAUACAACAAUAAAUUUCCGAAAUAUAUACUGUAGGUAUAUUAUUUUGCAUUUUGUGAGCUUUGAUUUAAUGUAAAAUUUAACUUGAAGCGCUUCGUAAAAUGUUUUGAAAUGUUCAUUCAACUAAACUACAUUUUGCCGAUAAACUGUUUUUACUUAAUAAAACAUAAUAAGUUUAAUACAAAUAAAACAAAUUGUUAGCUAAUUUCAGUUCAGUCUUCAAAUCAAUUUGUUCGCCUUUACAUUUAAGAUUUUUUCUCAAAUUAAACGGUAAUUUAUGAAACUUAGAGCUUUGUUGAAAAGGAAAACAGUUCAUGUUUUUAGGUAAAAAGUUAAAGUAACAAAAUUCGUAAACAUAGUAAAUCAAUUCUUCUCAUUUCUUCAAACAAAAUUGCUUCAAGCUUGUUGUAUAUGAAACGAUUUUCCAAAUAUAUGUCUUUUAAAAUUGAAAUCUUGCUUAUCCCACUCCUACAAGCAAUCAGCCAUAUUUUUGAGAUCAGUGAGGACAUAGUGAGGAUGACCACCCACUCAAGAUCGUUGGUCACGCCCGCGAUAAUUGAUGAACUUUAGACUUCGGGACUUCGCUAAUGCUUUCGUUUCCCCGGGUGUAAAUAGCCGGGGGGAAUUAGUACUCUCGCCCCCGGCUUACGCCCGGAAGGGCGCUCCGCUCCGUUAGCUCGGGGAUUACAAAUACUGUGUUGAUAGAGCUUAAGCAACUUGGCCAAUUAUCUUAUUGUUAUUUACGUUAAUCUUUGUUGUUGAAAUUAAAAUUGACUGUAUAAAAACAGUUUUAUAGUUGAUAUGAGUAGUUUGGAAUGUGACAUUUGUUAAAAGAUUAGUUCAAAAUUGAUAGUUAUUCAGUUUUAGUCUUUAGAUUGAACAUGUCGUGUUUUUAAUAUAAAAUUUCCAAACAAUAAAAAACAAUAUUAAUUGUUGAAAUCUAUACUUGUUCACGACUAUAUGUUUUAAAAUUGUGAUAAGUUCAGAACACUUUUCCAAUCAGUCAGGGCCUUUCUAAUUCUUCUGAUGUGCAAACACAGUUAAGAUACUCCUGGACAUCCUGAUUAGCCGGAUCAGUCAUAUGCUGUCUAACAAAAGUUAAAGAAAUCCUCGAGAGCUUCUUCACAUUGAAUGCACUGGCUGUUGUCAGCCAUGCUUACGCUUAUUUCAUACGGCGUCAUGCGGUCGCGGGAAAAGGCAGGAAGUAAUGAAUUUAAUGAGUAUUGAGACCGUGAUCGGUCAGCGGUUUCUUUGUGGCGUGAAUCGUGAAAUUGUGUCAUGAAUCGCGCAUUUGUUGGCGUGUUUCGUGUUAUAUUGUGGGGUAAUUUCACUUUUUGUGCGUGAAUGACUCCUAUCGGCCACUGUACAUUAUAACCAAUCAGAAAAGCGAAACAAUUUUCUCACACGUGAGAAAAAUGUUUCAUGUACGUGACGAUCAUUAAAUUCACUCACAUGCUUUGACUUUGUUUAUUUCCCUGUAACUAAACAUAAUUAUUAACUUUAUUCCAUUGCAUUCAAUAUUUUACAGCAUGAGCUCCACCUUUGAAUUUACUAUGUGAGUAAAUUCUUAAACACGUCCGAAUUUAUCAACAUGAUAAAUUCGCGACACCUAACCCCUAACACUAACCCUAACCCCCAAUCGUAACCCCUAACCACUAACCCCUUAACGUUUUUUGAAAAUCUUUUAAACUUUGUUUUUGCUUUUUCAGACUUUUUUAAACUGUUUUUUUGAAAAUCUUGAAAAUCUCUCACUUACUUGAUUUAAUUCGCUCGUUCGCUUUAUGAAAACAAAUGAUCGCGUGCGAAAAUACCAUAGUCAUACGUACGUCGAUCAGCACUUCUCAUGAAUAAUUAAGUCUCUAAUGAGUAUUUUCUUCUUUAGACCUGUUUCAAACAUCGCGCUCCUUAUGUGCCGAACGCAUUAAAAACAAUAGAUAAUCAGCUGAAAUGCCUCAUUAUCCAUUGUUUCUUACCAAACUCCUAACACAGAUCAUCUCGUAUUUAAUACUUUUUCCCAGGGCCUUUUUUAAGGAUUUUCCCGUGGGGCCGGGGGGGGGGAUUUUUGAAAAGGGACCUUUCUGUGAGAUAAUAUAUUACAGGGAGAUAGCAAUAGCUGAAGGCCGCGUGCCGUGUGACCAACAUACCAUGCACGCAUGAAUGGGGGGGGGGGUCUGGUGGUGUCCUCCCCCAGAAAAUGUUUGAAAUUUGAUGCACGGAAAUGCCAUUUCCUGCAUUCUGAGCAACCAAUGUAUGCUAACCUAUGUAUACUAACCAAUAAUAUUCUGAGCAACCAAUGUAUGCAACCUAUUUAUGCUAACUAUACUUGUAUUUGAAAUAAAAGAAGGGAAAAACCAACAAAACGUAAAAAAAAUAUUAACCAUAAUUUAUCAUUACUCAUUAGAGGAGGAUACCAAUGGUCACAUGCGUAAGGGUGUACUCCCCCAGAAAAUUUUUGAAAUUUGAAACACGGAAAUGCCAUUUCCUGCAUUCUGAGCAUCCAAAUUUGCUCUAAAAUUUAUGCUAACUAUACUUGUAUUUGAAAUAAAAGGAAAAAAUGCACAAAAAGUAAAAAAGAAUAUUAACCGUAAUUUAUCAUUAUACUUAUUAGAGGGGGAUACCAAUGGCCGAAGGCCACGUGUGUGGGGGCAUAAUCUCCAGAACAUUUUUUCAAAUUUGAAACCUGGAAAUGCUCUUUCCUGCAUUCUGAGCAUCCAAAAAUAACAAAUUAUUAACAACAAUUUAUCAUUACUUAGUGAUAGAAAAACGUAACAAUUUAAAUCGAUUUUGUUAAACAAGGACAAAGGAUAAAGUCUAAAACUUACGUACUUUCCGUUUAUUUAUUUGUUAUUCUUCUCUGUUUUGUUGGUAUAAAUUUAGGAAAAAGGGACUUUUCCUGGGGGGGGGGGCAAAAUGUGAUUUCGUGGGGGACACAAAGGGGGAACUGGGGGCAUUUGCCCCCCCCCCAGCUUGUAUGUUAAAAAAGGCCCUGCUUUUUCCUCUCUCUUCAUUGUAUUUUUUUGUAUUGAUAUUUGUAUAUAUUUUUGUUUGGUUAAAAGUUAAUAAAUUGAAAUUGUUUCUAAUGCGUUGGGCAUAUGAGAAGCACGACGUUUGAAACAGGCCCAACGCUUACAGAAAGUAAACGAAUCAAACCAAGCAGGGUACUCUAUAUUCUAUUCUGAUAUUUUCUCACAGAAAACAUCCAUUCGAGACGCUCUACAUCAAGCAGACAAAGAUGGAGAAAUGCCAAUUCAUCGCGCAGCUAGCAUUGCGAAUAUCGAGGUAUAUUAAACUAACAUACCAGCUGAAAAUUUUCAGAAAUAAAAAAAUAGAAAUUAGAGCUCCUUCAAGUAGAGAUAUUUCAGUACACGCCGCGGCUCGUUCUAGGGCCGGCCGAACGGGCAGAUAAUUGAGGAAGAGCCAGCCUGAAAGCCCUGGUAAAAUUGAUAUUAAUUGGGAUUGGCUGAAUUUAGGUUGAUAUUUAAGUUACAUGGUGAUCUGUCUGAACUUUAAAAUCCCACAAUACCUUCACUUAAUUGCUCGUUUUCAGUCAUUCAGUGCUUCUGGGACAAUGUCAUACCAAUUUUUACUACAUGAAAGAUUGAUUUUUUUGCAAAGGUCUCAAUGGAUAAAUAUUGAUAUGUGGCGGCCCACAGUUUCCUCCCUCUCUCCGCACAAUCUACACACUGGGGACACUUUUUGUUUGUUAAUCUUACUCUUUAUAUUAAAUGUUUACGGUCGGAAACGUAGGAGCAUAUUAUAUAAUAUAUAAUAUACUAGAAGUUACUAUCGCAAGGAAAAUGCUGCCUCACCCCCAAGGGAUUAAUAUAUUAAAGGCAGCAUGCACAAUUUGCUGAAUAAGGGACUGUUUAUAUGACCCCACUUUGCCAGGAGAUAUGAGGCAGGAUGAUUUUGAUGUGUUUAAAUAAGUCACGAUGGUUCAGCAAAAAAUUUCACUAUUUUCUAGAGAUGGAUUACGGUAUAGUCAGGGACGCCGGAACUGGGGGGGGGGCAGUCGCUCCCGUAGCCCUUUACCAGGAGAGGCAAGGGGGGCAAAGGUGGCCUUUCAAUUUAAAGGAUUGCCUUUGCGAAAUAGCGAAUUGUCAGAAAUGUUAGACAGUGCAAUUUUUUACGAAUUUGCUUCAGAAAACACCAGAAAUGCAGUCAUCGAGCUUCAAGAAUAGCACAAUCGCCUGGCAGAGAACCCCCUCACAGGCUCACGCCCCUAUCAUCCAAUAAAUAGAAAAGAACAUGAUUAGGCGAAGUUCAACUCCCGAUGUUUUGCAAACAUCUCUUAGUAUAUAUUAAUUCAAAAGUGCCCUUUCACGAAAAUCUGCCCCCCUUGCCUUCACAUCGUUCCGGCGCCCCUUGGUAUAGUUAACUGUAAACGAAAGGCUGCCUGUUCAAGCAUAUAACCUUCUUGAACCACAAUAUCUUCUCUACAUUUGAACUAUUUCUCUACAUUUGAACUUUCGUUUAGCCUAGUGACUAAUAUUUUAAUACAUCAAAAUCAUCCCUUCUUCCAUCAUGAAAAGUGCAAUUUGAAUAUCUGUCAAUCCCGACAUAUCAAACAUUCAAACAUCUUGCAUAUGGCCAGUUGCCAUGGCUAGCUUGCCACUGAAUACUGUACAAUGUUUAUAUAAAAAUAUAGCCCGCGUGCAGGCCCAAGGGAACUGAUAGUGGGCCUGCAAGCAAGGCCCGGUAUUUUGAAAAACGCCCCUAUACAGAACACGCCCCAUUCGCGCGUCAAUUGUCAAAAAAGAACCAAUGACAGCACCCAAAUAUUAACAAACAAACUCGCAUUAAAAUGUUGCGGGGUUUUCUCUGCUUAUUGAGAACAUAAACAAUGUGUAAAUGGCUGCGUUUUAACUCCGAAAAAGCAAGCAACGCAGUCAGUAAUUGCCAAAUUUGCAAGUGCUCAUUUUCAACUAAAAUCGGAACUGGUAGGCCGUGGGCUGUUGGCCAAAAUUAUUUCGCUUCGUGGCACCCAUGUGGGAAAUACUUGGUUAGGGGUUUAUUUGAAAGGCAUAUAGGUACAUCACUACCAAAAAAGUUCCCAAGCAAAAAAGUUGCCCAAUCCCGAGAAAAUGGGUGAUCAAUGAUUAUCCUCUAUUAAAUUGUAUUACAGCAAAAAAAUGGGAAAUUCUGUAUUUAAUUACAAUAAAAAUGACUUGCAUCAUCGGAAAGCGUACACAAAACCGCAUAUAAGACUUUUAAACAGUUUUUUUUAUUUUUCAAAUAGUCUUUGAGUUAUUGCUGUUUUAAAUGUGAAAAUUGGACCAAAAACUCGCAAUAAGGACUGGGUACUAGGUCAAAAACGCGUUUUUGACAGCGUAUAACUCGAAAACAAUUUUAGAUAUAAAAAAACUGUUUGAAUGUCUUAAAUGUAGGUUUUUGUAAGCUUUCUGAUAAUGCAAGUCAUUUUUGUUGUAAUUGAAUACAAAAUUUUACAUUUUCUUGCUGUAAUACAAUUUAAUUAACAAUUAUUCGCCGAAGGCGAGGUGAUUAUCGGUGAAUAAAAACCGAGACGAAGUCGAGGUUUUUAUUCACGAUAAUCACCGAGCCUGAGGUGAAUAAUUGUUUUAGUAUAAUUUCAUAGGUGAUUAUUUGGAAAAAAUAAGAAAAUGCACAUUUCUUCGUCAUUUAAUUGACAAAAAGGCUUCGGCCGCCAUUUUGAAAAUCGCUUAGGUGAUUAUCGCGUAAUAAUCACCUCAACGGCAACCAAUCAGCGUGGAGAACUUUCAAUAAUCACCUCUGUAAUUAUACUAAUAGAGGAUAAUCACUGAUCACCCAUUUUCUCGGUGUUGGGCAAGUUUUUUGCUUGGGAACUUUUUGUGGUAAUUAAGCAUCUAUGGUUCUAUGAAUUGAACCACAGAAAAUCUAUUCCCCAGGAGGGUGCCACGAAAUUACUUUUCUAGGCACUUUUUCGCACAACAGCCCACGGCCUAUGGCAAAUUAGGACGAAUUUCAACAGAAAACGAGUCUCAGUUCAAAUCGUGAGGGAAGUCGUGCAACCACAUCAGCAUUUAUAAUGUGUGCUUCGCUUCGAAUUUAUUUCAGUUAUUUCAUUUGGUAAAGAACUCUACAAAAGAAGAGAGCGUUCAGAGUCCAGAUCGUUACGUUUCAAACGGCAAUUUAAUACCGUCUUCUGUUUCGCUUUCUCAGCGAAGCCUUGUAAAUCGCAAAGUGUUUCGAAUAGGCUUACAUGCAACUGCAUCUCAACAUCAACCAAAAGAUAAUUUUCUUGAGGAACAUAUAACGUAUCAAGUCUGUUUGAAAUUAAUGAAACUCAAGUAAAGGUUACUAUAGUUUACCCCAGUCGUAAUGAGUACUAUUCCAACACCUCAUGACAAGCAAUCCCCAUUGGCAUAACGGCAAAAACAUCUCUUCCUUCAAGUAAACAAUAAACAGUCUGUUCUUGUUCCAUUUAUAAUCGAAAAAAGUGAUCAAUUUUCGAAUUUUAAGCUUAUCGAGAGCCUUGUGAUGAAUCACUGACCUAAUUAUAGAAUCCAACAGCAAACAGCCAAUCAGAAUGCCGCGUUCGUGGGCGAACGCGGAAAGUACAAAAUACCGGGCCUUGCUUGCAGGCCCACUAUCAGUUCCUUUGGGCCUGCACGCGGGCUAAUAAAAAUACUAAGUCGGGAUUUGUUCCAAUUAUUGUGUUAAUGCCACCUUCAAGGCUGCCCAUGUCACAGAACCGAACAAUAUGUAGCCUGCUCACAUAGAGCCUGCGACUUUUAUUGAUAUUUUUUCAAUACGCCCCCUUUGAGAUAAUUGAAUAUCCGGUAAAUAGUAGCCAAUCAAACUAAGUUUUGUUAAUUAGAUUACCAGAGGUUAUUCAACAACAAACAGUUUCUCGCGCAAUUUUACGCCUGUAUCUUUCAUUAGGAUUCCAAGGUCUAUUAAAAAACUAUAAUCUAAAAUAAUGCAUGGUCGUUUUUUCCCUAAAGUGUUCUAAUAUUUAAAACAUAGUCCCGUUUGUAUAUUGCGUCUUGUUCGUAUACGUAUACAUUGCCGUUUUAAACUGUAACUAAAUAUAUAAAAUUUUAUUCUCUAUUAGUUAAUGUAUUUUAUACAUUUAUAUCCAAAAUAUAACUGUAAGAUUUAAGGGAACGUAUUUAGGUUUUGAACAAACACUAUUUAUUAAAAGUGUCGAACAAUAGCAGGCUAAAAAACAACAUUAAUCAUUAUUGCGUGAAGUCUGUCAUUUGCUCAAUAAUACAAUAAUACAAUUAACUCAGUAGACAAUAGACAAUUUGAAAACCCGUGGCCGCUGCAUCGAUUCUGCCGUGUUUUUAAUAACUACAUUUUUUUGUAAAAAGCUCUUGUUGUAAUAAUAUAUGUCACUAGUUGAGACUCCCAAAAAGAAAGUCUCAAAGAGAGAGCGGACUUCGGUCAAAGAACACGCAAACGACUAUUGCAAAAUUUCCAGGUGUAAAUUCAAAUUGGCCAGGUGUUCUAAGAACGACUUUCCUCGACGGCGCUGUUUUAAUAAUUUGCCCAUUGUCUUGGCUUAUUCAAGACCAGAUUGUUGAGGCAGAAAGCCUUGGGUUGACAGGGAAGUAUUUGGGAGAAAUGUUCGGAGGCAUUUGACAAUCAACUGCUUUAUACUAGCUGAUUCACUGCCUGUGUCUCAACGAACGUCUCGCUGGGCUAAGUUGUUCAACGUUUGAAAACACACACAGUCUCGAAGAUUUCUGCCGCAAGUGAUGCAAACGCGGUUAGAUAAAUUAAUUGUCAGCCUGAACUAGACUUAUUUUACUCUCUCUGCAAAGAUCAGCAAGGCAUACGUCGAAGUUUUCCCUUGUACUUCUUUGGAAAAGGUUUAUUAUUAUAGCUGACGAACACAAAGUAUAUGGGUAUAUUACAUGUAAACUUUUAUCAAAUCCCGUUGGAAGUACAGUUAAUAUUGCUAACCUUCGCUCAUCCUUCAACGUUAAUUUAAAUUGAAAGUUUCUCAAAUACAUUCAGUUACUUCUUCUGACCAAUGGGAAUUUUGCGUACGCAGGCCGUUCCUCCCAGCCUAUGCCUGACAACGGCUAAACAAUAUGCUGAUGGGGAGACAAUAUCUAUUUGUUGACAUUUCUAAUUGUGAGCAUUAUCGAAAAAUAUAAUACUCUCUGAAAUGUAGUGACACAGCCAGAUGAAUAUAUACUGUAUAUAUAUAUAUAUAUAUAUAUAUAUAUAUAUAUAUAUAUAUAUAUAUAUAUAUAUAUAUAUAUAUAUAUAUAUAUAUAUAUAUAUAUAUAUAUAUAUAAUAUAUAUAUAUAUAUAAAUUAAGGUACAACAAAUCAACAAAAUCCACUAGGCAUCUUUAUUACUAAAUAGUUUCGUACCACACUAGACAAGAUAUACUAUUAUAUAUACUAUUAUAUAUACUAUUAUUAUUACUAUUAUAUAUUAUUAUUAUUAUUAUUUAUUUUAUAUAUAUAUAUAUAUAUAUAUAUAUAUAUAUAUAUAUAUAUAUAUAUAUAUAUAUAUAUAUAUAUAUAUAUAUAUAUAUAUAUACAUACAUAUAUAUAUAUAUAUAUAUAUUCGUUUUACCUCAAAACACCGCAACAGUCUGUUUCAUCCGUAUAGGAAUCAUAUAUCAGGUGGUACAGCCAAUUCAAUUAAGACCACCUGAUGAUUCCUAUACGGAUGAAACAGACUGUUGUGGUUUUUUGAGGUAAAACGAAAAACUAUAUUACGCUCUAUCUAUAUGGUAUUGAGCACUGUUUGUGUUUCGUAAACCAAAAUCUUAAGCUAUAUAUAUAUAUAGGCUGGUAGGAAUAUAUAGGCUGGUAGGAUUAUUUCAUAUUAUGCUAACAAUAAACACACAGUAUAAAGUCAAUAUGUGCAGACAACAAUCCACACUGGGUUGCUCUAGGACUAGGGAUCUUAUCACAGCCUGAUUUAACAACAUUCCGCGUUUGUUGUUAAACUAUAAACAUCUAGAAAUGAACACUAUACUCAUCGUCUUGGCACAAAGCAAACAAAAUAUACUGAAAACUGAGUACAUUGUGACUCGUAAAUAAGGCAUUAUUGAUGAAUAGAUCUGGUGGGCUAUUAUAUACACUGCAUGCCGGUAAAUUCAUGAAAUUACUUCAGAGCUCUUAAGUAUAUCUUGUCUCCUUGUAUUUAUAUUAAAAAGACAUUAUCAAAUGUUCUAAACGACCAUGCGGACAAUGGGAAUAUUUCGGGCUGUAAGAAGCGCCGUAAACUCAUGACAUAAAAGCACAUUGCUUGCCUCCAGAAUGAACGCUAAACAGUUCAUCGUCUUGAUGGAUAUUAGCACAAAGAAAUAAAGCCAUACUUACCUAGUUUCUUCGGGAAAUGUUCGUAUAUUUCGCAUCAAGUCAGAUCCAGAAUAAAAGUUUGCAUAUAAAUAUGUGCACGCGCAAUUUAAUAUUUUUUUCGCACUCCCCCCGUCCGUCCCCGCACUCCCCCCGUCCGUCCCCCCCCCCGGAAUUACGACAUCUUAACAGACACAACAGGUGGGCAAUUUGUCUGAGCAUGCGCGAAGAAAAUCAAUAUGGCGACAUAUAUAGGGAGUGUUUCGUGAAUUUAUCUGGUUUUAAAGCUGAUAAAACAACAUUUUAAUGAACGAAAACUUUGUAAUAUUUAGUGGAAAACAUUAAGCUAUGCGCAUUCCAAAGGUUUUAAAUUGAAAAUAAGUACUUUUUCUUUAUUUUAUUGCUUUUUAUGCUUUGAAAACAGGCAAGCUCAUUUUUUGGCAAAAAUCUAAUCUAAUAUUUUACCCAUCAUUUGUUUAAUCUGCACAGAAAUAGAUAGAACACUUGGCUAUAUAAGUUACAAAGGUAUUGUUAGCUGAUCUGAAAGAUUUCAGUAUUCCUGGUACACAUUUUAACAAAUGAAAUGUAAUUUCAAGAAUUAAAUAUGCAUAUCACAAACCAUAGUUUUUAUUAUAGAACAGCACAUAAUAAGUUGUUAUUUUCUAUUUUUACAAAAACAAGUUUGGAAACAGGAUUUAGUCCUCCAGCUUGGUGUCAUAUUCCAUUUAUUUGGAUAUUUCAAUAAAGGAAUGUGAAAUAAUAAUUUAAUCUUGUGCAAAAUUUGACACCAACACACAUGUGAACAGAUACUAUCACCUAAAAUUAAAAGAAAACAGAACUUAAAUUUAUCAUCUAAUACUAUGAAAAAAAUCUUAGAUUCUACAGGCAUAUGGUGAGCACAAUUCUUUAACAAACUCACUAAAAUAAGUUAAGUUAUACUAUGAUAAGAGGAUGGCAAUUUUUCAUGGUCGCAUAACUGGUAUUGCCACAAACCCAGGUGAAAAAGCAAUUAGAAAAACCUGGUUUUGGGUGAUGAGCAUAGUCAAAUUCUCGACUUAUUCAAUUUUCUAUGUUUUUCCAGGUAAACAGAUUAAACAUUGAAAUAAGCCACAUUCGGGACUUCAUAGAAUCCAAACUAUUGUGUAUGGACCAGACUUUUUUCAAUUUUGUGUGAUUUACAUAACACUAGUUAUAAUUUAAGGGUCAACCAGUAUUGUUCAAGACAUAUUAUCUUUCCAAAACACCUUUCCAAAAUACUAACCCUAGCAUAUCAAAAAUAGUGUACAUUUACAAGGGCAAUUUCAACCCUCUGGCACAUUUUUCCCAUGAAUGAUUUCAAUUCUAAUAAAACGACUAUAGAUAAAACCUUGAUUUAAAGCUAGUUUCAAGUGAUGAGCAUACCCUAAUUUUUAAGUUAUACCUCAAAGAAGAUGGGCCAUUUCAACAUAAACAAUGAAAUAUGGGUAUACUGACAGCUCUGUCACACGUGUAGUUUGACAUUAGCAGCCCUUCUGAAACAUUUUAAUGAAAGUAUAAUUCACAUAAUUCACAUUUUCACUUACUUCUUAACAUCUGUUUUAAUCCAACUAGCUCUGUAGGCACGAGUGAAAUUUAGUGUUGAUGUAAAUAUCCAUUUAGUUCAUGUUUCCCCGGUGAAAAUAUAGUCUAUUCCAACGCUGAUUUCGAUGUACUUUAGCUUUUCAGAAACCGUUGGCCUUCCUCAGUGAGAUUAUGAAGUGUUUCACAAACAUAUUUGAUAGUAAACGGCUAAAAUAUUCUCCGAAAGUCUGUAUUUUUGCUCUUCGACGCGAAAAUGGCAACUCAAGAAGAAAUGAGCCGCUAUUUUUGGUCAGCGUCGACAAAUUGCCCACCUGUUGUCAAGAUUAGUAUAGGAUAAACAUCGAGAAGGAGGGAUUUAUGUCAGAUAAUGACCCGAGGACGCGCUGCGUCGGCGGAUAUUAUCUGACAUAAAUCCCGACUUUCGAGGUGUUUAUCAUAUAUUUAAUUCUUGAUUGAGGAGGUUUUCCAACAAAGUUAACUUUUACCUGUUUCGUCUGCUUUGAAUGACGAUUUUCUGAGUUUUCCUUUAUCUUUUCAGGUAAUUAAUAUUCAAGGUGAUUAUUAAAAAUAAUCACCUCGGUGAUAAUAUGUAUUAUAAUAUCAUUUAUAUUAUAAUAUAAUAAUAUUAUAAUAAAUAUAAAUAUAUAUAUUAAAUGGUAUGUGUGGAGAUCACUAAGCAACAUAGUAGGCCUUUCUUGGUAACUACGUGGUAUCGACCACCUAACUCAGAGCAAGAUAUACUGUAUGAAACGAUUUUCCAAAUAUAUGUCUUUUAAAAUUGAAAUCUUGCUUUAUAUCCCUCUCCUACAAGCAAUCAGCCAUAUUUUGAGAUCAGUGAGGAUGACCGCCCACUCAAGAUCGUUGGUCAUGCCCGCGAUCAUUGAUGAACUUUAGACUUCGCUAAUGCUUUCGUUUACCCGGGUGUAAAUAGCCUGGGGGAAUUAGUACCCUCGCCCCGGGCUUACGCCCGGAACGGCGCUCGGGGAAAAAUUAUAUUGUCGUUACUUUUGAUUUUUUCCACUCCUUGUUUCGUUUACAAAAUUUAAAGAUGAUGUCCACUCGUGUGCGCAUGUGCGAACUUUGUUUACGUUUUGAACUUGUAUAUUCGUAAAAUAUGAUAUACUAACUGAAUAUCUCAGUAACAUUUUUCUGGUUCGCCAUGCUUGUAAAUGAAUAUAAACUCUACUUUUCAAUUCAAAAAAGUUCGAAAGAUGCAAAAUUUGGGCAGUGUUUAUACCUGGGGAUCCCCCUUUGUCAUGAGCAGAACUGAUGCGCAGAACGGAGUGGAAAUCAUCUUUAAUAUAAAUGGAUGUCAGACUUUCCCUAAGACAUCAAGAACGAGAACAGUGCGAAAUUCAAACGUUCCAACGUUCUAAUACCGAGUUGAAAGCUCAAUCACAAUCCAGAGAACAACAUCAUUUGUAAAAUUAUUCAAUUAAUAAAUUAAAAUGUCUGGAUUACAAAUCUUCAACUCCAUUUAAACACACACACACACACAUAGUUAGAGCUAGUUUCGUAAUGAGCAAUGUACCCGCUAUGCACUCUUUGUUGACUUUCUAUAUAUAUAUUUAUUUUGCAGUCAUUGAGAAUACUUCUUGAAUAUGAUAAUUCAUUAAUAAAGUUAAAAACGACGAUGGGAAAGAGAUCAGUCCUCCAUUCGGCUGUGAAAAGCAGAUCAGUGGUUGCUGUGAAAUUUGUCCUCAGUAAAGGUCCUGACUUGGUGAACACUGUGGACAGUAUCAUGCAAAGUCCUUUACAUUAUGCUGCCAGUCUAAAACAGUCCAAUGUUUUGGAAUUUUUAAUAUCCAAAGAAAGUGAUUUGACACUUACGUAAGUUUUCACUGUUUAAUUAACAUUUCAUUUCAUAUGUGUUAAGUGGUCAUGCAGUUUGGUCAUGCAACUAGUAUAAUUACGGUAUAUAUUCAUGUGAAAUAUGCCAGAUUUCAGUACUGAGAUACUCAUAGUGAAGCAUGUCAAAAUACGGUAUAUCUACUUGUCAUGUAUAUAUAUAUACCCACUAAAUAUUAUAUAACUAUAUGCUAUAGAGAAAUACCGAAUAACGGUACAUUGAUUGUUUGAUCGCUCUUAUAGGGACGCGAAUGAUCAACUAGCACUCCAUAUAGCUGCAAGUAAAGGUUUAAAAAGCAACGUCGUACUGCUGUUACGAGAAAGCCCAGAUUUUAUUGAUAUCAUCGAUAAUUCUUAUCGAUCACCACUAUUAUUGGCAGCUCAAAACAAUUUUCCUACCGUGGUCUCAUAUCUACUUUCUAAAAAUGCGGAUUAUGAGAUUCAAGAUAAACUUGGACUUGCGGCAUUUGAUUGGGCAGUCUCAAGCAAGUUUUCACGAGUUGUUGAAGUUUUUCUUGAUACCAAUGAUUGGAAAAAGGUAAACAUAAUUAAAGGUUACGAAGAAGAAAUAGGCUUCACCAUAUGAAAUAUAAACUUACGUGCAAAUUGGUAAAACCAGUAAAUCCUGCAUGGUGUUCAUUAUAGCCAUGCAUGUGCGUUGCUUCUUUGGCGCGGCUUCGUUGGCGACAGUGAGCAAAGCGUAGUUUACAGCACGAGCUAUACGCUUGAUACUAAUGAAGAGAAAUUUUCUUUACAAUUUCCUUUUCUUCUGGCCUAUAGUUACAGUCUCAAAUUUAUACAUGUGCUUAUUUCAACGUUUUAUAUGCUGCCCACAUUAGAUUUGAUUGACAGGCACAUCGAUUUUGACCAAUGGCAAUUUUACGUUGUGUGGGCAACUUUAGCUGACAUUUUAUUUGAAUCUGUAGCUUUUGAGGUAGAUAAUUUGGUUAUAAGCUUAUACACCGUUGCUACAUUUACUGGCUAAAAAUAGAAAUCAGCAACAGAUCCCCGCUGAGCAAAGAAAUCUCGAAAACUACAAUCAUUAUCAUGCUCAAUCGUUUCAGCCAGUUUAAGACCUAUGUUUGCAAAAUGAUCAUUAAAGUGCCUAUGACACGAAAUUUCACCCCAAAUGUUUAUGACUGCAUUGUAAAGAUCACGUAAAAUGACUUAAUAAUUUCUUUUAAAGAAUUUUGGUAAUUUGCUUCCUUUGCAAGAUAUUCAACUUUGUUUCAUAUAAUAAUAUCACCGGUGUGGCAUUCACACCCGGGCAGUACUCCCACGCCGGGAAAGGAUUUGUAACAUGGUAAUCGAAAGAGUGUACUGUGUGUACGUGUAUAUUUGCCAUCGUGUAGAUUGUAUGGAUGCCAUUUUUUAAGCUGUGCCAAAUUUGUGCACAUUUGAACACAAUUUUAGUGUUUUAUAAAGAAACAAACUUAAUUCACUCUGCUUUAAACGUCUAAAGUCGUCUAGAAGACAUUUUGAUUCUUAUAUGACUCUUAUAUGAACUCUAUUUGUUAUGUCUGAGGGAAUUGAAGCUGUGAUUGCCAAACUUGGUGAUAGACCAAGAUCAGAAGCUGUCAAAGAAUUGGCAAGUUAUGGUAAUGUUGAUAGUCUCACUCAAUUCAAGAUGAAACUUGUUAACGACGGCAGGCAACGUGCCAAAGGGAGAAUAUUAUAUAAGAAGAAAGCCGAAGGGAGGCAUGCAGUGUAUGCUGAUGUAACACUGGAAGAACGCUUGGCUAGCGAUAUCUGUGAAAUUUCCGAUUUCCUUGACUCUGGAACUGUAACUAACGAACUAUGA